AUGGGCAAAAAUCGUAUUAUGGCUCAGAUGAAAAUCAAAGUUAUAUAGGAGGGACAUUUAGGGGAAAAUGUUGCUCCUGUAAGGAAGGGAAGAGUGAAAUUGAUUUGGGAUGGAAUAUAUGUUUCUCUAAUUUGGUCGGGAAGCGCGAGCGGGAAGAGAGGAGGCAGGCGGAGGAGGAGUAAUAAGCAUUUAAUGGUAGGUAGAUGAUGAUAGGUAUAGAUGAGAAGGAAUGUUAGUUGGAGGAGUAGUGUUGAAGAUUUAAUAUAAUCGAAUUCCAUACCAAAGCUGGCACAUGGGGUACUUUUUUUCAUCUGCUUUAAUUUUUAAUUAUUUUAUCUUGAAUAUCAGCGUUGAGGAAGUGGAGACUGAAGUGCGGGUGGGAGCGCAAGUUUUGGAACCAGUGGGGCUAUCUCCGGAUUUAGGGAGCAUGGCAAAUGCCAGUGUGGAGAGUUUCUCUAUCCAGCACGAGUUCGAAAAAGGAGUGAUCAUGUGGGUGGUUAAGGUGAUGAGUGUACUUGUCCGAAGUUGUUUUCUUUAUAAGAGGUGAGGUAUGUGCAAUAAAAAUUUGGAUUCAGCAUUCGUUUUGGUUGAUGUACUAUUCUCAUCUAAAGUGUAUCUCAGACCCUACGGAGGUAUUCUGGCAAAGUGGAUUUUUAGAGGAGUGCCAAUGGGAUGGCCUCGGUUGGAGCGGGAGUGGAAUGGAUCAAAUUUAUUUGCAGAGUACAACUAUAGCUACAACCUGGAGGGUGUAGGUGGAUCGGAUUUAUUUUGGACUAGUAAGAACGAUGGUGGGAGGCAUGGUCAUGGAGAAGUAAUUUUAUGGUGGGGUGCAUCUCUUUCUUCUAGCUCUUGUUUGCUAGAAGUGGCUAGGAAGGCAAUCAAGGGUAGACGAAGAAAAGAGUGCGCAUCUAAGUCGGCAGCCAGAAAUCGUUAUCAUGCGUUUAGUGGAGUUCCAAAAUUGAUGUGCAGCAUAUUCAUAUACAAAAGUAGGUUGUAUAGAUUUGGAUAUAUAGCGGUGGUGUGAACCCCUAGCUAUUAUGUGAGUGUCAUGCUGACUAUAUUCAUUGAGUAUUUUUAUUGUGGCUCGUAGUCGGCUUGAUGUGACAUAUGGGUAAAAGUAGUUUGGAAUUAGAGACGUGGUAAAGGCACGCUCAUCGAAAAGAGUGAGUAUAAGAAGAAAUGAAUAUUGCUACAGGGAGUAGCAUACUACCCUUUAUUAUGAAACGAAGAAAGAGAUGGCAACGAGUUGAGUUAUCAAUAUGAUGCGUCGAGGUUUAAUGAGG